AUGGCUGAUGAACAAGGCAGAGAGGAUAGAGGAGAACCGGCAGCCCAGCAGAUCAAUCUUAAUCAAGUCCAAUUUGAGGCUAUGAUGGCUGAGAUAACCAGGAGAAUGCAAGUUAACUUCAAUAGAGCUCAACAAGCUAAUGAUGUUUUAGUUGAUGAUAAUGCAGGACAGGAGAGAGCAGCAGCUGUUGCUGGAGCUAGGAGAGCACGCAUUGGACCUAUAAGGGGAGCACGGUUUGAGGUUGGAGGUCAUAGGCUCUAUGGUGAGCAAGCUGAGGAUGAUGAAGCUGAUGAAAGUGAUGAUGAGUCUCAGGCUAGUCAGCACAACAGGCACCAUAACCGCAGGCGACCAGCUGAUAACCUAGGCAAUCUCAAGCUUAGAAUUCCUCCAUUCCAUGGUAAGAAUGAUCCUGAUGCCUAUCUGGAGUGGGAGAAGAAGAUUGAGCUAGUUUUCAAUUGCCAGCAGUUCACUGAGGAGAGGAAGGUUAGAUUAGCAGCCACUGAGUUUUCUGGUUAUGCUAUUAACUGGUGGGAUCAGAUUGCUACUACCAGGAGACGCAAUGGAGAGCCUCAGAUAGCUUCCUGGUUUGAGAUGAAAACUGUAAUGAGAAAGAGAUUUGUUCCUAAUCACUAUGGAAGAGAUCUCCACCAGAAACUAAGGAGGCUUUCCCAAGGUUCUAAGAGUGUAGAGGACUAUCACCAGGAGAUGGAGACACUCAUGUUGAAGGCUGACUUAGAAGAGGGUGUGGAAGCUACUAUGGCUAGGUUCCAAGGGGGACUUAAUAGAGAGAUCCAGGAUAGGUUGGAGCUGCAAGAGUAUGAAGAUAUGGAUGAGUUGUUGCACAAGGCAAUUUUGAUUGAGCAGCAGAACAAGAGGAAGAGCUCUACUAGAUCUCCAUACAGCUCUAAUUCAAAACCAGCCUACUCAAGAGAUGAGAGAUCAACUGAUAAGCCAAAGGAGGAAGCUUCUACAGCUAGCACCAAGCGUGAUGAUAAGGGAAAGGGCGUGGAUACACCUACCAGAACCAGGAACAUCAAGUGUUUCAAGUGCCAUGGCUUUGGGCAUUAUGCUAGUGAUUGUACCAACAAGAAGGUGAUGACUAUCUUAGCUAAUGGGGAAGUGAUAUCUGAGGAUGAAGAUGGCGACCAGGAGCUUGAUGAGGAUGGCGUGGAGUAUCCAGUCCAAGGGGAACUACUGGUUACUAGGAGACUUCUCAAUGUUCAGCCUAAGGUCAAAGAGGAUGAGCAGAGAGAAAACUUGUUCCACACAAGCUGUACAAAUGUGGCAAGUAAUGAGCUAGUGGAGAAACUAGGUCUUGAAGUGAUCAAACACCCUAAGCCAUAUCUGUUGCAAUGGAUCAAUGAUGAGGGAGGAUUAAAGAUCACCAAGCAAGUGAAAGUCUUAUUAUCAGUGGGAAAGUAUCAGGAUGAGAUCACUUGUGAUGUAGCACCUCUUGAAGCUAGCCACAUCCUCCUUGGUCGUCCAUGGCAGUAUGAUAAGAGAGCAUUACAUGAUGGCUUCACCAACAGAUACACUUUUGCUCACAAGGAGAAACAAGUGACACUGGCGCCAAUGACACCUCAAGAAGUACACCAAGAUCAAAUGCUUCUCAAAAGGAGGAGGGAGGACGCCAAGGCUGCUGGUAAGACCUUGCUACUAGAAGAAACCAAACAGGUAAGUAAACUCAACCUCUUUGCUACUGCUAAGGAUAUUAAAACUGCUGUGAUUGAACAAUCAAAUUUUAUUCUAGUAGUUUAUAAAGAAUUGUUGAGCUCUACUACUAACCUUGCUCCUGAGAUUCCAGAGGAGAUUGAGUGUCUUUUGCAGGAGUAUAAGGAUGUGUUCCCAGAGGACAAUCCCAUAGGUCUGCCGCCUAUUAGGGGAAUAGAGCACCAGAUUGAUUUUGUGCCAGGAGCUACCUUACCAAACCGCCCAGCAUACAGGACCAAUCCUGUGGAGACUAAGGAGCUUCAGAAACAAGUUAAUGACCUGCUAGAGAAAGGCCACAUCAGGGAGAGCAUGAGUACUUGUGCUGUACCUGUUCUACUGGUGGCAAAGAAGGAUGGGAGCUGGCGCAUCAAGACUAUGGAAGAACAUGUUAACCACUUGAAACAAGUUCUAGAUGUGCUUAGAAAAGAAAAUCUGUAUGCUAACUACAAGAAGUGUUCCUUUGGCACAGAUAACCUUGUCUUUUUAGGUUUUGUUGUGACUUCACAGGGUAUACAGGUUGAUGAGGAGAAGGUGAAAGCCAUCAGGGAGUGGCCGAUCCCUAAGUCUAUUGGAGAGGUCAGGAGUUUUCAUGGACUUGCUGGCUUCUACAGGAGAUUUGUGAGAGAUUUCAGUACAGUUGCAGCACCACUAACUGAAAUAAUCAAGAAGAGUGUAGGUUUCACUUGGGGACCAGACCAGGAAGAAGCAUUUCAAAUGCUAAAGGAUAAAUUAACCAGUGCUCCCUUACUUGCACUUCCUGAUUUUUCUAAAACUUUUGAAAUUGAAUGUGAUGCAUCUGGUAUUGGAAUUGGAGCUGUGUUGAUGCAGGAUAAGAAGCCCAUAGCUUAUUUCAAUCAUGAGUCUCUUAAGCAUCUCAAGGGGCAACAGAAGCUGAACAAGAGGCACGCCAGCUAUCCAUCUUUGCAGCCACACCAUUGCUGUAGAGAGUCGACCAUAGUUCAACAGAGUGCUAGUAGCCUCCUAGAACAACCUCUUCCAUUACCUUCAAGUGAUCCAGGAGCAUAA